AUGGAAGCUGAUCAAGACCUCCGAGCUCUCUUUAAUUUCCUGAGGAGAGAGCCUGUGAUGUUUCUUAGAUUGCAGAGGUUUCUGUUAAGGACCAUUCAGUUUGAACGGUCCCUCAUGACCCUCUUGGACGAUACGAAUAGAAGAAUGGAUGAAAUAGAAGGGCGAAAUGCCCAGGAAGAAAUGGAGGAAGACGCCGUACCGCAGGAAUCAGAAUUUGAUGAAGCAGAGGCAGAGUCGGCCCCUCUGCCCGAAAAUGAUGAUGAUGAUGGCGAAAGUUGGCCAUACGAAGCAGAGUGGGCCCCUCUGCCAAACGAUGAAAACGAAGAACCUGCGGUACAGGUGGCACCAAUGGAGAUGAGUGGCACCGAGGAACCGGUUGAAUCAAUCCGCGAACUCGUCCUGAGAACAAGGACGAUCCAGAUCCCGGUCCCUGCCACUCAUGAAGUUUUGGCUGCGGUCACACCGGAAGAAUUUCAUCCCGCUGACUUAGGGGAUCUUCCGGAGCAGCUCCAAAGGGAGCUGCAAGUGCCGCAGGCGGAACCAUACACGGUGGUUCGAGAACAAGGAAACAAUAACAUCGUGUGUGGUAUCUGCAGCAGGCAGUUCGGAACAUUAAAAGGGUGGCGUAUUCACGCCUCGAGGAUGCACAGGCAGGACGGUUUUUGCGUCCGCUGUGGUCACUACCUCGUACUGCCGCCCGGAUUUACGGCCGCACAAAGAACAGCAGCAGUGGAGCUUCAUGCCCUCGAUUGGUGCCCGAGGGCAUGUGCGGCCGUAAUCAACGAAAGACAGGUAAAGCGCCGCAGACUUGAUCUAGCCAAUGAUAGUAUUUGGCACUCCUCACGCGGCCACCUGUCGCUGCCUGCUCCAGUUCUCCAUUCAUUAUUAGUGAAGGCAGUCACUCGUCCAAGAGGGUUAGUCAAUUCAAAAGAUAAAAAAGAAAAAUUAAAAAAACUAAAAAAGAAAAAAUAA